CUUGAUUAUCACUUUCACCUCACACUCCCAUUUCCGCCCCCGACAGCCUUCCUGUCACUAGCUUCUAAUUUGACUCUUGAAUACCCUUUUCUACCGCUAGAAUGCCGGUGAACGAGCCAUCAGCACCUCAGCACACCAUUAAAGCCACCACUGAAUCUCCUUCUUCCUCAGUAAAGGCACUCAAAGCCAAAGUUGAUAUUAAUGAUCGCGAUUCCCAUGAAGACAAACCUCCAAUCUCUCAACCUGCUGCCAAUCGACCUUCCUCUCCAAAUACAGAUUCGUCUAAAAACCAGAAUUGCGAAACCGAGGCAGAAACAUCAUCGUCGGACGAGGACGAAAUAAUUGACAUGGAAAUUUUCAAUCAAAUCUUGGAGCUUGACGAGGACGACACGCAUGACUUUUCACGAGAAAUGGUUGAAGCGUAUUACACUCAGGCUGCCCAAACAUUCGAUGAUAUGGACGCUGCAUUAAUCAAGAAGGAUCUAAUGACUCUUUCUGAUCUGGGCCACUUUUUAAAAGGCUCUUCCGCUACACUCGGUGUAGCGCAUGUCCAAAACUCGUGCGAGAAGAUUCAGCGCUACGGCCAGUUACGAGAUGAGGAGAAGGGUAUCGAUCUUGAUAGCAAACAGGCGCUAGACUUGAUAACCUUGCUAAUAUCUCAGGUCAAGGGAGAGUACUCCAUCGCGGAGAAAUGGCUGAGAAAAUGGUAUACGGAGCAUAGCGAAUGAUCGAAGAGUUAUGCUCCACCCGCGGUUUUGCAUUCAGAGGAAGAGCGCGAGAGGGAGGGCCAGAAGGCAGGGAAGUAACUCUCAGAAAGUUGCCGCGGGGCAUGUGCCGGAGCUCAGGAAGGUUUUGUUUUGGUCGGGAAAUACAUUCUCACCCCCUUCCCUCACCCAAAGCUUGAAUCUAUACAUUAUUCAAUGCAAUCCGUACAUAUUCUGGAAGGAUGAGGCUCGAGGAAAGCAGAUCGAACCGUGGAGACUGUUGCAUAGCAAUUGUACAAUAUCGUACUCCAUCAUUCAUCGCAUCUCCGACUGGACGCAUUAUUUAGUUCAU